AUGGACGAAGAAGUCGAAACAACACGAAAGCUGAGAGCAGAUGCGAUGAAUGGGAGCGGCGAUGAGUGUCCCCUGAGCCCAAGGAGCGUACGGUCGGUUGAGUCUAACCAGCCGUUCCCUCCACUCAGCCCUGACCUCGAGUCGAGCAGCUUCACCGAGGAAGACUCUCGCGCAGAAGACAACGAUGAAGAAGAGCAGUCAGAGGCCAUCGAAGGCGUGGACACCGUGGACGAUAGAGAAGCAGAGGGAGACGAGCAGAUAUUAGAAGACAGAGGAACAGAAGAGGCGGAAUUCCUCUCUCAAUAUUCGCCGCAAGCCUCUGAAUCCGAGGAGGAAGAGGAGGAAGAAGGGAGCUCUCAGGAAGAAGACAGCUUCGCCGCCAUUGACCGGCCAUUCCUACGAUCAACGGUAUCUCUACCUCAUGCCUUUGCGCCGCCGUUCUACAAUCGACCUCCUACUCCUCUCCCUCCCUCGCCGUCGUUGACGUCGCUUCUUCGCCCGUCCUUCUCGGCAACCACGUCUCGUCCUACCACGCCUGACAGCUCAGAUGUCGAGACACCAAACGAUACCGAAGCUGCUGUGGCCAAGUCCGCGCGUAAUGCGACGACGGUGCCUCGAGCAAGCCCAAAGGUGCCUACAUAUGAAUACUACGGCUUCGUCUUGUAUCUGGCGUCAUCCCUCGCAUUCUUAAUGUAUUUGCUAUGGUCUUUUCUACCAUCCCCGUUUUUGCACAAUCUGGGAAUACACUACUAUCCGAAUAGAUGGUGGUCGUUGGCCAUACCUUCUUACCUGGUGAUGACGCUUAUAUACAUAUACGUUGCCCUCGCGGCGUAUAAUACCGGCUAUCUGACCCUGCCGAUGAACAGCAUUGAGAAUUUGGUCGAUGAUGCGGCAAAUAUAGCUGUAAUUGAUAGUAAAGGACGUCGUCGACCGGGAGGCUCAGCGAAGAUGAAUCCCGAUGCCGCGACGGCCCAGAUCAUGGGUUCGGGGAAGAGGAUACCGUGGGACCAAGUGUGGAAUGAAGGGACUGAUGCGGUCAUGGACAUACCCAUUGGGGGCGUGUGUGAGGUCCUUUACGGCAGUGAUGAUGCCAAUGAAGGUAACAGACAGUAUUCAUGA